AAACCAAAAACUGUCAAAGUAAAUCUCUUUCUUUCUCUUUCCGGCAUCGGCAGCAAUUGUGUGAACACACUUUUGUGGAGUUGAUAGUAGUUUUUAUUAGAAAUCUAGUAAUUCAUCCUCAAGAUGCCACCAAAAUUCGAUCCCACUGAAAUUAAACACGUUUAUCUGAGAUGUGUUGGCGGAGAAGUUGGUGCCACUUCAUCGUUGGCCCCCAAAAUUGGACCGCUCGGUUUGUCGCCGAAAAAAAUUGGUGAUGACAUUGCCAAAGCCACCGGAGACUGGAAGGGUCUGAAAAUCACCGUUUGUCUGACAAUCCAAAACAGACAGGCGGCUAUUUCUGUGGUACCAUCAGCUGCUUCCCUAAUCGUGAAAGCCCUCAAAGAACCACCACGUGAUAGGAAGAAGGUGAAGAACAUCAAACACAGCGGAAACAUUACAUUCGACGAUGUAAUCAAUAUUGCUCGAGUGAUGCGACCACGCUCAAUGGCCAGAGAAUUGUCCGGAACCUGCAAGGAAGUGCUUGGUACUGCUCACAGUGUUGGUUGCACAAUCGACGGACGCGCGCCUCACGAUGUUAUCGAGGACAUCAAUAGCGGAGCUGUUGAAUGUCCAUCGGAAUAAAUUUUCUGAAGUACAUAAACACGGUGAUAUCGAAAAAGUCCAAUAAAAACUAUUAAUAAAUAAA